AUGGAGGAGGGAGCUGAGCGCAGGAUGCAGCGUCUGAACUCGCCGUCGCCGUCUUCAAGAGACAGAGACAGUGUCAGGACGCGCCCCAUCAGCCCACCUUCUUCUGGCACUUCGCAGCAGCAGCGACGCCCAAGGCAGUCGCUCAAUGAGACCACGCCGACCACGCCGCCUACAUCUACCAAGAGAAAAAAGUUACAGCUACAGGAGGCAAUCAAGAAUAGAUUUGCUCACGACCCUGUUUCACCGCAGAAGUUGCAGAGACAGGGGCAGGAACAGACGCACAGAGUCUGGCCAGAGAGAGGCUUCAUUCUGGAUAUGCCCGGAAAGGUCGAAGCGGCGAGCGCGGCGAGCUCAAGCCGCCACACAAGCAAUCCGUCGUCACCGGUUGCCAGCAGCCGCAGCCCAGGGGACGACUUGGAGAUGCGCACGCCAUGUCCGAUCGACACUGCCUCCAAGAAGAAGAAGUCAAGGAAGAACAAGCACAAGAGCCUAAAGGUAGGAGCUCCUGGCUUCGACCUCACGACGCAACCCGGCGACGAAAAGACCACCGUGGUUGGCUUCAUGCAGCGAUUGAAGCAUUCUCAACGUGGCAAUAACAGUCCCCACCAGCUGGGAAUUUGCUACAACACCGUGGAGGUCAAGGAGGGCGACGCGAACUGCCACCAAUCGACACUGACCAUCACAGCUGAAGACGCGAACGGAGCUCCGUAUGCAUGGAGCGGGAAGGAGUUCAGGGGCGAGGUGGUACGGAAGAAGGUUAAGGCGGAGAGUGCUGCAGCCAGAGAGUUUCUUGCAGAUGCUGACGUUCAACAAACGGCUGCAACUAUGGAUCCGGUUUAUCCGAGACAGCUUUCCGAGAACCAGAAGCGCAAGCUGUCGUUGUGGAGAGAAAUCCGCCACGCCAAGAAUGCUGCAUCAGCUGCGGGAAGACAAAGACGUCGUCAUGCGCUUUCAUCAGUGUCCAAUCGGCGCUCGCUGCUCAGACGUUAG